ACCGACACAAAACUUCCAGCAAAGCGAGUGAUGGCGGCUGCCGUGUCUGUUAGCGCAGCUGGCAACGAGAAAAACACAGACACUGGGCCCGGUGGUUUCACCUGUCUUCCACUAAAUGGAAACUACGACCUCGCUGGAACGGAACAGGAAAGUUGGUCGUCCGGAGAUCGACAACUCGUGCCCGGGGAAGAGGACGCGGCGCCGGGGCGCGAGUGCCAGCGCAGAGUCGAGGAGGACUUGACAUCACUGAGCCCCGAAGAGAUCGAGAGCCGCCUGGAGAGAACUCGCCGGGAGUUUUACAACCGUAGGAAAAUAAUCAUAAAGAAUCUCCCCUGCGAUAUCACCAAUCAGGAGGUCCAUGAGCUGUUGGGCAGCUAUGAUUUGAAGUACUGCUUUGUUGACAAAUACAAGGGCACAGCAUUUGUGACGCUACUAAAUGGUGAACAGGCCCAAUGUGCGAUCAAAGAGUUCCACCAGCACCUGCUGCGGGACAGGGAGAUCUCUGUGCAGCUGCAACCGACUGAUGCUCUGCUAUGCAUCGCCAACUUGCCCCGAGCCUUCACCCAGCAGCAGUUUGAGGAGCUGGUGCGACCCUUUGGCAACCUGGAGCGCUGUUUCCUGGUUUACAGCGCCUCGACGGGGCACUCCAAAGGCUACGGCUUUGUGGAGUACAUGAAGAAGGACUCUGCUGCCAGGGCAAAGUCGGAGCUCUUGGGGAAGCAGUUGGGGUCCCGCAUGCUUUAUGUCCACUGGACUGAAGUGGGCUCACUCACUUACCCACUGCUGCAUUCAAAAUGUCUGUGCGUGGACCGGCUGCCCCCGAGCUUGCUAACGGCUCAAGAUCUCCGCAACGCACUGGCUGAUACUCAUUCGCCGGUCUUCUGCCAGUUGGCCCAGGGACAAGAUGGGAGUUUCCGGCGUUUUGCUGUGUUGGAGUUUGCCACUGCAGAUAUGGCUGAGGAGGCACAGAGAUUUGCAGAUGGCAGGCUGCUGGGCGGGACACACAUCAGGGUGUCCUUCUGUGCCCCCGGCCCUCCAGGAAGGAGCAUGUUGGCUGCUUUAAUUGCCGCACAGACCAUGGCUGUGAACAGAGGUAAAGGUCUCCUGCCUGAUCCCACAGUCAUGCAGAUACUCACAGGUCUCAAUAACCCCACCGCCCUCAAGAUGCUGCUCAACCCCCUGUCACAGGGACACAAACAAGGGCUCCUUGGGGCAGCCCCUGCAAUGCCUCUACUAGCAAACCCUGCUCUAUCAGCUGCCUUGUUCCAGCUGCUCCUUCAGAACCAAGCCAAGGCCCAGCAGCAAGCCUUUCUGGGAAAUCAUCUUCUGUGGGCUCAGGCUGGACUUAUUGGGGAGAAUCCUCUGGCUGCUCUACCCGUCCAGCAGGGAGUCCAUCUGCUCGGAGACCUCCCUCAAGGUGGUGUGGUUCCAGGGCUGGGUCUGCAGACGGAUCCCCGCCCCCCCCUAAAGCCGGUUACUCUUGGCAGAGGCAUGCCAAGGGAGCAGGAUUCCCCGACAUCAGUGUGCAGCUUCACCCAGAGCUCCUCUCCCACCCUUCCAGGCAUCUCCAUGCCCCUGAUGGGUGGCAUGAUGGGCGCAGAUGGCCUCGCAGCACAAGGGUUUCAGGCAUCUACGAUGAGUGAACUUCCUAAAGAUGUGAACCUUUCCCACAGUGCCUUCCUCAACAAUGUCUUCCCCUCAGGAUCUAGCUGCAGACCUCACCCCUACAGGAAGAGGCCUACGCUGAGUAAUGUGUCCAACCAGCACACGCAUCACAACGUGCAGCCAAAUUAUAACCUGCGAUACCAGGAUUCUUACAGCCCUGAAUAUCCUCCCCAACACCAGGAUCCCCUGGCCCACUUGUACGAACAGCAGGAGAACCUUGAUACUGGAGCCUUGGCAGGAUUCAAUCAGCAGUUCUCCCAUCACUCCGACUACAGUGAGAGGUUUUCCCACUACGCUUACCCUCCCAGCCCACCCCUGUCUUCAUAUUUCAGCUCAGGUUCUGAGGUUUCCAGUAAUGGCAGCCUCCCACCAACCCACCUCAACAGGGCGGUGGGAAUGCCUCCAGUGAGCCACAUCACCAGCUACCCUCCAGGGUUGGGGAACCAUAUGAAGACGCCCAUUGGUAGCAACAAGCGCGUGUUCUCCCGGCUGAUCCCAUCUCCAGAGCCGAGCCCUGAGGGUGGCUACGUCGGCCAGCACUCCCAAGGCCUCGGCGGCCACUAUGCAGACUCCUACCUGAAGCGUAAGCGCAUAUUCUGAAUGCCUCUUGCUGGAAGAGUGACCGUUUGAACAGCUGGGAUGCAAAGGUGUCCCCUCUUAAGGACUCUGUAGCCUGGUGGUCCUUGGAUUUAUCUGUGUGCUCCUGUGACUGACCCCUGGAGGGCACUGAGGAGUGCAGCCUCUCCCUGUUUGGACAGUCGUAGCCCCAUGGGAAUUCUUUGUGUGGUGUGUGUUGGGUUUUUUUUUUUUUUUUCCCUCCAUAUGUUUCUUGUAUUUGAUUUUAGUGUGUUUUAUGUAAAUUUAAUGUUUUACCUGCUCCUUUAUAUUUGGUUUUUAAAUUUCUGUUUAAUUUGUACAUUGAGAAAACAUGGUUAUGUAGGAAUUGAUGAGGGUUUUUUUUGUUUUGUUUUUUUUCCGCUAUUCUAAGUUAUCCCAGUGUUGAGUGUGGUGUGUCAGCAGAUAUACAGGUUGUUUUGGCAAGUUUACAGUGGCAGCUGUAUGCUGCUUUUUAUAAUGGUUGACGUCUCACUAAAGGGAUACGGUCCACAAUUUCAGGCAAAGGGACUUUCAUAGUAUUAACAAGCUUUAUCUCAGAGGCUUUACUUUUUUAAACUAGCUCUUCUAACUCCAUGUAAAAAGUUCAGUACUCUUGCGAGGGUGUUUUUGUGUUAUGGUACCUUUUUCCCCCCCUUCCUUUCUAUCACUGGGUUGUAUAUUUUUGCUGUAAAACUCUUUCUGGAAUCGGGUAUUUCCUUAUGGCUUUAACAUGCAGCUUUUGAACCACCAAUGACAGUUCAGUUGUACGUUCCUGACAAAGUUGGAUUAUGAGAUGAAGCUUUUCUUUUAUUUUAAAUCAUUCUUUUUCUUAAGCCUUAACUUUUGCACGUUGCUUCUUGAACCGCACCCUCCAACUUGUCUUAUGAAGUCUGUUUUCUGCACCAGUUGUCGAACGAUGCACUUGGAGGCACAGGCCAGUCCUAAUCUGUUCUCACCCGUAGAAGACGCCAUUUCAAAUCUCUCACUCGUUUUGUUAAGGAGUCUAAUAUAUUCUUUGUGUGUGAUCUGUGUUGCUUAGUUGCCCCCGCCCCCCCUCCUUUUUUUUUUUUUUUUUCUUUUUUUUGUGUGUCUUAAACUCCAGCGCCAUGCCUUAAUGGAGGAGCUGUGGGCAGCUGGCAUGUGCCACCUGUUGAGCUGCCAGCAGAGGGUGAAUAUGGGUAAAUAUGCAUUCUCAUCAGCGGGACACUGAUUCGGCUCCUCCAUAAAUGCAUGGCAGCUGGACGAUGAUGGAUGGAGCCUAUGAUCAAAGUUUUCCAGUAAUGGUGGGAGAUCUGUCUGUCUGGGGACAAACUAAUGGAAGCUAGUGGCAGGUGAUUGGUCAGUGACAUGGCUGUGUUUUCUUUCUUUAUUUUUAUUUUAUUUUAUUUUUUUAAUUAUCUGGUUGACAGUUUGAUUGUGAAAACCCAUUACCUCUGACUUCUGCUGGAAAAUGCAGCUACACUUGAGCCUAAACUGUUUUUUUUGUUUGUUUUUUUUCUUUCUUCUGUGAUUUAUCAUCCUGCCCUGUGUUGGCUCCCAUCUACAUUUCCUGUUCUGUUAUUUGCUGUGUAAAUAGUAAAAAAAAAAGAGAGAAUUUUUGGAGUCCAAAGCUCUUGUUUUCUGCCUCUGGUCUGGCCUUUUGAACUUUUGCUGCUCAUUGUUUUUCUUCUUUUUUCUUUUUUUUUUCUUGUACAUUUGAAAGCUGGUGUGUUGAUGAGUGGCACCACAGCAGACUGUUCAUGUUGUGUAUGGACCACGAGAUGCAGCUGUACUGUAAGAGCAGUUUCACUGAAUGAAUUUUGACUGCUAUCCUCAUCUGUACCACCAUGAUUGUGUGAGUGUGUGUGCGAGACGUAUGCAAGUAAAUGUUAU